AUGGACCACAUGAAAACGAAGAAACACGCCAAGAACGUAUACAUCGAGAGAUACGGCUUCUUUUGGGGUAUUGUCAUAGAAGGAGUCAACCGACCAAAAGGAAUCGUCUACCCGACACUCAAAGACAUCAAAGAACACGCUUGUCGCAAAUGUCCAGAAGCAGGAUGCAACACAUAUGUAACAGAAUUGAGCGACAUCAAAGAACAUCUAAAGAAGAAACAUAAGUCUACAACAGCAGGAGUAGACGGAGAAAUCGCGCACACUGAUGCUACAUACUGCUGGAUUACCAAAGAAGAACUCGACGCAUUACAUGCCGAGAGAGCAAGAGAAAGAGCAGAGCAAGUAGACAACACUCCAGUACAACAGAUAAUUAAUGCUGACAACAAUGAAGAGAACAACGAGAACCAAAAAUAUUUGUUAGAUUUUUGUAGAUGA